UUUUUCUUCUCUCUGUCUUUUGUAUUCCUAUUUUAGGUCAGCUGAUGCUAUCUACUAUGGGAUUGUAAGUCGUCGACCAGGUUUAAGUCGUUUAGCAGCUGCUCAGUAUACACAGUUAAUGCUCUAUGAAGAUGCCGACUGUGCUAUGCUACGGAUGAUAGAAUGUUUCACUGAAUCUGCUCCCCAGCUUUUAUUACAACUGUAUAUUAUCUUGACACAACCUUAUCCGAUAAAGAAAUAUCAAGUAACUGCACAAUUUGUUUCAUGUGCCUUUUCAUGGUUUUCAUUGGCAUGGUCAUUAACUUACUAUCAAUCUGCACUGCGUAGUUCACGAAUCGAGAAGGCGAAUAUGCCAUCCAAAGGAUUAUGCUUAUUUGUUCUUUGGAAGGCAGGUGUACUACUCUCAAGAUUAUUAGCUCUGGGCGUACUCGCUGCUGUGGUCAAAGGAUUUUGGUUCACACUAGCCCUUUGUAUGCAUUGGUUAUUCGCUUCAGGCUGGUUAAUCACACGAGGGACAACAUUCUGUUCAUCAAACUCACGAACAUGGCGAGAAGUCAUCUUCGACUUUGUCUUAGGCGCUGUGUAUUGUUUUGAUGUUGUGAAUAUACGUGAGGGUACUAGUCGUUUAUGGUAUUUGUCGUGUUAUCUAGUCAUUGGUAUUGAAAAUAUAUUGUGUGCUUGUCUUGGGUGGUGGUGGUGGUCGUCAUCGUCGCCAAAUUCUUUGAUUCAUACACACUGGUGGAGUAAACAUCUAUUCAACAAGAAACAAUCAUCCACUUGGAUUUCUCUAUUCCCUGCUUAUACUGUCCCGAGUAUUGUGAUAUGCAGUUUUUGUAUAGGAAUUAUCAUGAUGGCCGUUUACUACACUACAGCUCAUCCAUCAGGAGAGAUUCGGUUAUGUGUUCCGUGUGAUGAACUUAUGAGUAAUGAUACUCGUCAAAAUUCAUUAUCCAAUGAAAUUCCUGUUCCUCCAAGUACUCAAUUGGUGUAGAUUGUCGAUUUUUUCUACUUUGUGAGUGAAUGAUCGUGCGAGAUAUAUAUUCAAAAUAUACUUCCAGUUGUGAUGAUCACAGGAUGGAUUUAGUUGUCACAACGUUUCAUCUCCUGCAAACAACCACAAGUCAACUGUCGACGAAGAAGAAUGCCAAUUCAUCUCUC